UGGAAAGGGACCACAGAAACCCAGAGGAGCAUGCGAGGCAAUUUGUAAUCCUGAAGAACCAAACUCCAAUUGAGGAAAGAGAAUGAGCCAAGGCUAUGAAUUCAAGGAAGAAAUAAAUACAAAGAACCGACCAGCAUGGAUCGUGUGAGGCUGGUCCCUGCGCUGUCCAGAUGGGUGGGGUUGUUUUGUCCUGUGGGACCCAUCCUGGAAGCAUCCCCAUUUGCAUACAGAGAAACAGGAUCAGAGAGGGUAAGUAACUUGCCCAAGGCUCCACAGUUGCCUGACACAGAAACCUGUGCUGUGAACAAACACCUUGCUGUCAUCAAUGCAGUGGAAAUUCAGAACAGCUGAGAGGCAUUUUCCGGUCCAUGUUGGGGCGCUUGCCCUGCCUCCAGCAGCCUCAACCCCAAAUUUCUCCUUCCCCAGUUUCCCAAUAGUUGGGAAAGGGCUGCACCACCCACCCUGUUGCCCAAACCAGGAACUGGGUCUCCCCGCGACACCCACUAUGCCUUGAGGUCCAGCCUCCAUCAGCUAUCAUCAGGGUGACAGCAGGGCCCCAGGCCCUGGUCCCCAGGCCCACUCUUGCCCUGGGAUGCCCCGUGCUCAGCUCUGGGCCCCCAUGCACCAGCGCCUGUGUGGAGGGCUGGCUCCGUGCAGAUUCGCCAAGGACAGCUCAUCCCUCCAAGCCUCGCUGCACACGGCCCAAGUGACUGCCGCAGACGUCGGCUGAGCCUUCACUUCUCAGCCAUCCUGAGACCGGGGGGCCUCCCCCAUCCGCCCAAGCCUCCGUCUCACACCCGGGGCGCAGCCCUCCCUGCCAGCCUCCCUCCUACUUGGCCACACUGCCCAGGGGGUUUCAGGCACUAACGGAUGCACUAAGUCCUUUGUCCGAGGUCCUCCAGACCACCAGGCUAGCCUGGGGCGCAAACCCGGGCCUCUGGACUCCUCCCUGGAGGACCCCUCCCGAGGCGGGGCCCGGGGGAGGGGGCUGUGGGUCGAAGGCCACCUUGUUUAGCCCCAGCUCAGCCGGGGGCCGCAGCUGCUGCCAUCCCAGGCUCCCACGCCAGCCCUGCUCUGGCACAUCCUGGCCACUUGGGCACACUCCCAGGCCGGCGAUUAUCGCCCAAGGUCUCCAGAUAACAGCCUGGCGCACGGGUAUGUAAUGGGGAGCCCCACUCAGGCGUCCUCCACCUCCUGACCGUGACCGCAGCACCAUGGCCUGCCUCUGGCUCCUGUCCUGCUGGGCCCUCCUGGGCGCCGCCUUCGGCUGCGGGGUCCCCGCCAUCCACCCCGUGCUCAGUGGCCUGUCCAGGAUCGUCAACGGGGAGGACGCCGUCCCCGGCUCCUGGCCCUGGCAGGUGUCCCUGCAGGACAAGACCGGCUUCCACUUCUGCGGGGGCUCCCUCAUCAGCGAGGACUGGGUGGUCACCGCCGCCCACUGCGGGGUCACGACCUCCGACCGGGUCGUGGCCGGGGAGUUUGACCAGGGCUCCGACGAGGAGAACGUCCAGGUCCUGCAGAUCGCCAAGGUCUUCAAGAACCCCAAGUUCAGCCUGCUCACCGUGCGCAACGACAUCACCCUGCUGAAGCUGGCCACGCCGGCCCAGUUCUCCGAGACCGUGUCGCCCGUGUGCCUGCCCAGCGCCGACGACGACUUCCCCGCGGGGUCGCCGUGCGUCACCACAGGCUGGGGCAAGACCAAGUACAACGCCAACAAGACCCCCGACAAGCUGCAGCAGGCGGUCCUGCCCCUGGUGUCCACCGCCGACUGCAAGAAGGUCUGGGGCAGCAAGAUCACCGACGUGAUGGUCUGUGCCGGGGCCAGCGGCGUGUCCUCCUGCAACUACGACUCUGGCGGCCCCCUGGUCUACCAGAAGGACGGAGCCUGGACCCUGGUGGGCAUCGUGUCCUGGGGCAGCAGCACCUGCUCCACCUCCACACCAGCUGUGUAUGCCCGCGUCACCGCGCUCCUGCCCUGGGUCCAGGAGACCCUGGCCGCCAACUGAGCCCGCGGCACCCCUUGCCUCGCUGACCCUGCUCCCCACAGAGCCUCAAUAAACCCGUGGAACAC